AUGCGAGACUUCCCCUGGGCGGCAGGAGGCACGCGUCUAGAGAAUGCUGGAGCUGCAGGAGGGAAGUGCCCAGUGCAAAACCAGCGAGGAGCCAAGAGAAAAAAGGCAAGCAGACAGCCAGCACUGAGAGGAGCGGGUGGCAGGAAGCGCUUCGACGCUGCCUCUGGCGGCACGAUCCCCAGGGGAACUUGA